AUGGUCAGAGUUGCUAUUAACGGUUUCGGUAGAAUUGGUAGACUAGUUCUAAGAAUUGCUUUGAGCAGAAAGAAUAUCGAUGUUGUUGCUAUCAACGAUCCUUUCAUUGCCACUGAUUACGCCGCUUACAUGUUCAAGUACGAUUCUACUCAUGGUAGAUAUGCCGGUGAAGUUACUUACGAUGACAAGCAUAUUGUCGUCGAUGGUCACAAGAUCGCCGUUUACCAAGAAAGAGACCCAGCUAAUUUGCCAUGGGGUGCCUCUAAGGUUGAUAUCGCUAUCGACUCUACUGGUGUCUUCAAGGAAUUGGACACUGCUCAAAAGCAUUUAGAUGCUGGUGCCAAAAAGGUUGUCAUUACUGCCCCAUCUGGUUCUGCUCCAAUGUUUGUUAUGGGUGUUAACGAAAAGGAAUACGCUGGUCAAACUAUUGUCUCCAACGCCUCAUGUACCACCAACUGUUUGGCUCCAUUGGCUAAGGUUAUCAACGAUGCUUUCGGUAUCGAUGAAGGUCUAAUGACUACUGUCCAUUCUAUGACUGCCACUCAAAAAACUGUUGAUGGUCCAUCCCAUAAAGAUUGGAGAGGUGGUAGAACCGCUUCCGGUAACAUUAUCCCAUCUUCUACUGGUGCUGCUAAGGCUGUCGGUAAGGUUUUACCAGCUUUGAACGGUAAGUUAACAGGUAUGGCCUUUAGAGUUCCAACUGUCGAUGUCUCUGUAGUUGAUUUAACUGUUAAGCUAUCUAAGGAAACUACAUACGAUGAAAUCAAGAAGGUUGUAAAGGACGCUGCUGCUAAGUCCAAUGGUGUCAUUGGUUACACUGAAGACGCCGUUGUCUCCUCUGAUUUCCUAGGUGAUUCACAUUCUUCUAUUUUUGAUGCCUCUGCUGGUAUUCAAUUAUCUCCAAAGUUUGUUAAGUUAGUCUCUUGGUACGAUAACGAAUAUGGUUACUCUACCAGAGUUGUCGAUUUGGUCGAACAUGUCGCUGCUAACUAA